GUGACCACGCCCCCCUACGUUUCACUUCCUGUAAACAAAGCAGCAGCUCUCUGUCAGCUGGAUUCCUGUUGUGUGUUUUCACUCUAAAUCUAAUCCAACGCCAAACUUCAGCGUGUUUUCGACGAUGGCUCAAGCCGGAGUGGUUCUGGACAAGGACCAGCUGAACUGCUCGGUGUGUCUGGACGUGCUGCGGGACCCUGUGACGAUCCCCUGCGGACACAGCUACUGCUCGGGCUGCAUCAAUAACUACUGGGACCAGGACGACUACCUGGGCAUCUUCGUGUGUCCGCAGUGCAGACACAGCUUCAACCCGAGGCCGGUGCUCAACAGGAACACCAUGCUGGCCGACGUGGUGGAGAAAUUCAAGAAGACUGGACUCCAAGAAGUCCCCACGACGACGCCGACGUCUGUGAGCCAAAGCUUCGCUGAGGCCGACGACGUGUGCUGCGACGUGUGCACCGGGAGGAAACACAAAGCUGUGAAGUCCUGUCUGGUGUGUCUGGCCUCCUACUGCGACGUCCACCUGCAGCCACACUACGAGUCCGCUGCCUUCAAGAAACACAAGCUGGUGUCGGCCUCCAAGAAGCUCCAGGAGACGAUCUGCGGUCGACACGACAAGCUGCUGGAGGUGUACUGCCGCACCGACAAGCAGUGCAUCUGCUACCUGUGUCUGACGGACGAACACAAGGGCCACGACACGGUGCUGAUUGAGGCCGAGAUGCAGCAGAAGCAGAGGCAGAUUGGUGACAUGAAGCAGAGCUCUCAGCUGAGAAUUCAUGAAAGGGAAAAGGAAGCCCAGGAGAUCAGACAAGCCAUUUUCUCUCUCACUCGCUCUGCUCGGGCAGCAGCCGAGGAGACCGACGCUGUCUUUACCGAACUGAUUCGGUCGAUCGAGCUGAAGCGUUUCGAGGUGAGAGAGCUGAUCAAAGCCCAGGAAAAGACCGCCGUCAGUCAGGCCGAGCAGCUGCUGGAGAAGAUGCAGAAGGAGAUCGCUGAGCUCAAAAAGAACGAGGCUGAACUGGACAAACUUUCCCACACUGAGGACCAUGUCCGUUUCCUUCAGAGUUGUCAAUCUCUCCACGCUCCACCUGUUCUGUCAGCUUUGCCUCCGGUCACCAUUGACCCCAACCUCACCUUCGGCCCGGUGAUGACAGCUGUGUCCGAUUUUAAAGGACUGUUGCAGGAGGUCUGCCAGGGAGGAUCUGUCAGCAUCUACGAGAGAGUGAGAGAUAUAGUGAUUGUAGGUCCUCCAAAUCCUGAUGUACAGCUGGACACAACACAGCCCAGUGAUGGUGAAUCAGCUGUACAAAUGGAGGCAACACUCGGUAUGUGCCCUCGACCUGGCCUGGACCAAAGACUUGUGGGCCCUCUCAACCCUUUCCUCCCUCCUGGAACUGCUGUGCCCACCUUUGCCUUCUCACCUUUCGGCUCCAAACUCUCCACAGGAUCCAGACAGAGGCACCUUCAGCGACGCGCUCACCCAAGGAGGAAAUAGACUCGUAGUGGACAUCAUAAUCAACAUUUCACACGCACCUACACGGUUCUGAAUGUCUUUAUACCUCAGUGCUCUUCUCUCACACAUCUGUACUGACACUGAAUUGUACAUUUUAUAAUUCAUCUUUUGGUAUUAAUUUAAUAGUAUUUUCACCAAUCAGAUGCAUCUUGUAUUAUAGUGCAGGUAGAAAAGAGUAUUUAGAACCACAGAACAUACAUAGACAAUGCAUUUACUUAAAGUAUAAAGCAGCAUGAAGAAGGACUGACUCACUACAUCUUUUUUUUUUUUCAUUAUUUGAAAGGAAAUGCCUUGAAACUUAGUAACGUUUUAGGUUGUGUUUUUUUUUAAACAAGUUUAUGCUUUUUUAAAUAUUUUAA